AUGAGAAGAAAAGAAUACUCCAGCAAUGGUACUACUGUUGCGGUAGUCGUGGUGGUGCUACUCAUCAUUACUGAAUUUGGAGGUUCUUAUGCCUGCAUUCAACUAGAAAGAGAGGCUCUCCUCAAUUUCAAAAGAAGUUUGAGCUUUUUUGAUGAGACGCCACUACUUCCAUCUUGGGAAGUAGAUGGUGAUUGCUGUGAAUGGCAAGGCAUAGCCUGCAAUAAUGUCACUGGACAUAUUGUUAUGCUUGAUCUCAACGAUCUCUGUUCUCCAUUCAUCGUUGAAUCAAUCAUAGAACAACCGUCUAGUUACAGCGAUGAUUGUCCCCAUCUGGCAUAUACUUUCAUGGAUGUUACUCUAUAUCUGUCACAGCUCCAACAUUUGACUUAUUUGAAUCUUUCUGGAGUUGUCAUCCAAGGGGCUCUAGCAUUUCUUGGUUUUAUGCAAAGCCUACGCAGUCUUUCUCUACGAGGAGACUAUGUUUAUCAACCAUUGACCAUUCCCAGCAGCAGUAUUGGAAACCUUGCCAACUUGCGUGCUCUUUAUCUCCAACGCCUCACUCUCACCAACGUUACUGACAGUAGUUGGCUUUCUUCACUUUCCUCAUUGCAAUACCUUGGCUUGUAUGAUGUAGAUCUUUCCAUGGCUGAAGCUCACCAUCUGUUUAAGGUACUUAACACGCCUUCUCUGUUAGAGUUACACCUAUCUGGUUGUAGACUUGGACAAGUGUCGUCAUCACUUGUUUCUGAUCAUAUUUUUCCUCUCACAAAUCUCACUCGUCUCCAACUCCUCAAUCUUGCAUGGAAUGACCUUAGCCAAGAUUCACCAAUCCUAAAUGCUUUUCAGAACACCACUUCCAUCAAAGUCCUUGACAUCUCACAAAACCUUUUAAGCUCUGUGCCGCCAUGGUUAGCCAAGCUUCAUAAUCUUCUCAAGUUGGAUUUGUCUUCCACCGAUAUUACAGUUCUUGAUCCUUUGAGAAAUCUGACCUCCAUUAAAUACCUUCUGCUUUCUCAUAAUAAGAAUUUAGCUUCACUUCCACUAUGGUUUUCUCAUUUUGAUAACCUUCAAGUACUAUCCCUUGGGGGAUGUGGUUUUUCUGGUCAAUUUCCUUCUACUCUUCAGAACUUGACUUCCAUUAGGGUCCUGAACCUCAAUGAAAACAAUCUGAAUUCAAUAACACCGUUGUGGUGGGGGAAGUUUGAAAACCUUGUUUUCUUAAGUCUUUCGAGUAAUCUGUUUUAUGGUCCAGUUCCUUAUACUUUGCGAAAUUUGACUCAUCUCACUUAUCUUAGCCUUUCCAACAACAACUUGAAGUCACUUCCAUCAUGGUUAGGCGAGUUAAAGAGUCUUGUCCAUCUUGAUCUUUCAAUGAAUAAUUUCACUACAGUGGAAGAGGAUUUUCUAUCAUCAAUUUUGAGCAAUUUAUGUCAGCUAAAAGAAUUUAAUCUGUCUCAAAGCAAUUUCCAAGGGUUUGCUUUCAAAAACAAAGGAACUCUAUCUGGCUGUAAUAGCUAUGCUUUAGAGUACCUGAAUUUGAAUGACAAUGAAUUUGAUGGUCUUUUGCCCAAUUGGUUGGAACAAUUUAAAAAUUUAAAGUACCUUCAUUUGAUGUCAAAUUCAUUCUCCGGCCCAAUUCCUCUCUUUAUUGGAGAUUUGGCAAAAUUGACAGAGUUAGAUCUUGGAGAUAACAUGUUAAAUGGAUCAAUACCCCGCAGUCUUGGAAAACUUGUGAAUCUCCGAAACCUGAAUCUUUCUUCUAAUAAUUUUAGUGGUGUUAUUCCUCAAAGUCUGGGUCAACUCAAGAAUCUGCGAUGGCUUGAUCUUUCUUCUAAUCAUUUUUGUGGUGUUGUUUCUCAAAGUCUGAGUCAACUCAAGAAUCUGCAUUGGCUUGAUCUUUCUUCUAAUCAUUUUAUUGGUGUUGUUCCUGAAAGCCUCGGUCAACUCAAGAAUCUGAAAUGGCUUGAUCUUUCUUCUAACUACUUGCAUGGCACAAUUAAUGGAUUAAUAAAUUCGUGGUCCCAGCUCAUCAGCCUCUUCCACUUUGAUCUCUCCAAUAAUAAAAUAAUUGGAUCAAUUCCUGAAAACCUUCAUGUUAUAAUGCCCUUUUUGAGAUCCUUGAUUCUUCGCAACAACCUCUUAAAUGGUUCAUUGCCAAGUUCAUUGGACAAACUUAAAUACUUGUACAGUUUUGAUGUUUCCAACAAUAAGUUAUCAGGCAAAAUUCCAAGCACAUUAUGGAAUCUAUCAUUGGGAUGGCUGCGUUUGAAUAACAAUAGCUUUCAAGGAAAACUUCCUUCAUCCUUGACAAACAUGAAAGAAUUGAGAUUAUUAGAUCUUGGGGAGAAUAGACUAUCAGGUUUCAUACCUUUUUGGAAUGGCAAUGAACUUCCCGACUUACAAAUUCUUAGGCUGAGGAAAAAUUUGCUACAUGGUGUCAUUCCUUCAAGUCUCUGUCAAUUUGUUGAAUUGCAAAUCUUGGACCUUGCUGAAAAUCACUUAGUUGGCCCAAUUCCUCGUUGCAUUAGCAAUAUUACAAGAAUGACUUCGGCAAAUACUCUUUCGUUUUGGGAGGAAUUAAAUCCAUGGGACAAUGAGGAUCUAAAGCAAGUCAUCAAAGGAAGAGAACUUGAUUACAUUAGAAACUUAAAAUAUGUGAUCAACUUGGACUUAUCAAAUAAUUUCUUGUCUGGAUCAAUUCCUAUUGGAAUAUCUUCCCUCAGAGGAUUGAUUGGACUCAAUUUUUCCUACAAUAAUUUGUCUGGCGUGAUUCCUGAAAUGAUUGGAGACAUGAGAUCAUUAGAAUCUCUUGACUUAUCACAUAAUCAUCUCUGUGGUACUAUUCCAAGAGGCAUGAUUGACUUAUAUUCUCUAAGUCACUUGAAUUUAUCAUACAACAACCUUUCAGGACCAAUUCCUGUUGAAAACCAAUUUCAGACCUUUAACGAUCCACUCAGUUACACUGGUAACCAAUAUCUCUGUGGAGCUCCACUCCCAAAACAUUGUCCCGGUGAUGGUCCUCAUCAUGUUCCUAACAUUGAAAACUAUGAAGAUGAAGACAGGGAAAAUGACAAGUUAGACAAAGUGUUGUUUUACUCAAUCACAUCCAUUGGCUUUGCAACUGGUUUCUGGGGAAUUGUUGGGUUUUUGUAUUUCAAAAAGAAUUGGAGGUAUGUUUGCUUUGGAUAUGUGGAGAAGGUUGCUGACAGGAUCUAUGUUGCAGUAGUCUUAAAAGUAGUCAAAUUGAAGAAAAUGAUGCAGAGAAAGUAGUCAUGUUUGUAAAUUUGAAGAUUGAUUUUCACACCCUCAUUGGCCUCAUCCA